AUGGACUACACAGAUGCACAAAGCGUUGAAGGUAUUUUUUUUAAAGAGAGAAAUCCCGAUUCACAACUGGAAGAUGUUAAAAUGACGUCUGUUGAGAACAGCACCGAAUCCGUAAAUACCAGAUAUAACAUGGAUCGUAAUAAAAAGAACCUGGCUCUAAUAAUCGACAAUGAAAGUUUCGACGAAUCGACUAAAAUGUCUAAACGACAGGGAUCCCACAGAGAUGCAUCAGCAAUUGAAAAUACAUUGAAGACAUUGCGUUUUAAUGUGAUUAACCGCAAGAAUUUAUCAGUGAAAAGCAUGAAACAAAUCUUUACGGAUAUAUCAGCGAUGGACCAUGGGAACUAUAACUGUUUC